AUGCCAGUGGCCAGCCUGGAGAAGGCGUGUCUCUUGCUGACCGCCGUUCACGUCCUGCUGAACAAGGCUGCGAACGCGGAGACCUUCACACUCGGUUACAUAACAGGCUCGAAGAGGCGUCCCGGUGAUUUGGAGUACCAGCGGCCCGGCUUCCGGAUUUCGGGUGCACUCACCCUCGCCGUCGAGGAGGUGAACAAGGGCGAGCUGGGGAAGCUCGGCCACGAGCUCGAUUUCCUCGUCGCCGAGACCUACGGAGAGGAAGAAACGAGCAUCCUGGUGACCGCGGAGCUGUGGACGAAAAACGUCAGCGCCUACAUCGGGCCCCAGGAGACUUGCAUUCACGAGGGAAGAAUGGCCGCCGCUUUCAAUAUUCCGAUGAUCUCUUACUUUUGCACCCAUCACGAAACCUCGAGGAAGGACGAAUUCCCGACGUUCAUAAGGACGAGGCCGCCCGACACCCAAAUAUCCAAGUCCGUCGUCUCCGUUCUCAAGACCUUCAACUGGACCAAGGUGACGUUCAUGUACAUGAACUCGAGUCGUUUCGAGUUCAACAAUAAAAUAUCGAGCAUCGCGUCAACGAUCUUGACCUCGCUGAGGUCGGCUGGCAUAAUCGUGAAUUAUUUGCGUUGCUGGAACGAGCCGUACCACGUGACGCACAUGAACAAUCCUUUCCACGACCUGAUCAGCUCGAGUUAUCGGGAGUCCCGCAUUUACGUCAUCCUGGGCAAUUACUACGAGCACAUGGGCCUUCUCGUUGCACUCGAAAAGAGAAAACUCUUCGACAAAGGUCAAUACUGGGUCGUCGGCGUCGACAUCGAGCAGUACGACGAGAAGCAGCCUGACAAGUAUCUCCGUGGCCUGUGGCAGAAGGAAACCGAUUUUUCUGUCCUCAAAGCCUACAGAAGUUACUUCAGCAUCGUCGCUUCGGCGCCGAUGGGUUUUGACAAUUUUACGAGGCUCAUUAACCAGUAUCGCCAGAUGCCACCGUUCAAUUACCGAAAUCCACUGGCUAACGUCGGAGGCGUCGUUCAGAUCGUCCCUGAGACAGCGUACCUUUACGACGCGGUUCAUCUUUACGAACGGGCGCUUCUUCUUGUCCUCAAGGAAAACAGGGACCCUCGAAACGGCACGGAGAUCGCUCGGGCCUUGCACGGCCUUCAUUACAAGAGUGCGAUGGGGUACUUGGUUUACAUGGACGAAAACGGCGAUGCCGAGGGCAAUUACACGCUCGUGGCGUUGGACGACAGUUUGGACAAAAUUCCGGGGCUCUAUCCGAUCGGGCAGUUCGUGGGGAAAGAGGAAAACACUAAUUUGCCGAAACUUCGACUGACCAGGAAAAUCUCUUGGAUCGGGGACGGCCCGCCUGUCGCCGAGCCUUACUGCGGCUACCACGGAGAAAAGUGCAACUCUUACACGGGCGAAAUUAUCGGUGGCGUCGUCGGAGGAAUCUUCCUCGUGCUCGCAGCCAUUUUUCUCGUCGCUUAUCGCAACUGGCGCUACGAACAGGAGCUUGAUUCUCUGCUCUGGAAAGUCAAUUACAAGGAUAUUCAAAUCAGGGGCUCGAAGAAUGAGGCGAGCAGUGGAAUUCACGAGAAUAGUCAGGCGAAAAACAACUUUAAGCCAAUCAGAACUAGUCAAGCGUCCCUGAGUUCCAACCCCGAUGCGGACUUCCGGUAUUCCAUGAUUUACACCGAAAUCGGCUUUUACAAGGGACGCACAUUCGCAGUGAAAAAAGUUCGGAAAAAGUCGAUCGAAAUGACACGAGAAAUGAAGAAGGAACUCAAAAUGAUGAGAGAUCUGAGACACGACAAUCUCAACGCGUUCAUCGGAGCCUGCACCGACCCACCGAACAUUUGCAUCGUCGUAGAGUACUGUGCAAGGGGCAGUCUCAAGGACAUUUUGGAGAACGAGGACAUGAAAUUGGACAACAUGUUCAUGGCUUCUCUCGUCGGAGACAUCGUUCGAGGGAUGAUCUACUUGCACGAGUCCGUCAUCAAAUAUCACGGGUCCUUGAGGUCGUCAAACUGUCUCGUGGACUCGCGAUGGGUCGUCAAACUCGCGGAUUUCGGUUUGAGGGAAUUCAAACGAGACGCCGAGUGCGAGCCCGACAAAGUCAUGAAAAAGUGUCAAGCUCUCCUGUACAAAGCACCGGAGUUCCUGAGGUCGACGAAACUCGGAGAGCCCUCGGUCCGGGACUACCAGAAAGGCGACACGUACUCGUUCUCCAUCGUCCUUUACGAGUUGUACGGUCGACACGGACCUUUCGGCUUCACCGAAUUGAGCGUCUCGGAGGUGUUGAAGAAAAUCAUCACCCGCGUUCCCGGCGAGCCUCCCUUCAGACCGCCGCUGGAGCAGCUGGAAAACUGUUUCGACUUCGUAAGAGAUUGCUUGUUGGAUUGUUGGUCCGAAGACUCGGAGUCUCGUCCGGAUUUUCGGGUGAUCAGAAACCGCUUGCGUCCCCUGAGGAGAGGAAUGAAACCCAACAUUUUUGACAACAUGAUCGCGAUGAUGGAAAAGUACGCCAACAAUCUCGAGGCACUCGUCGACGAGCGGACGGAUCAGCUGACAGAGGAGAAGAAAAAAACAGACGCACUUUUGUACGAGAUGCUGCCGCGAUGCGUGGCCGAGCAGUUGAAACGCGGUCACAAAGUCGAGGCCGAGGGUUUCGAUUGCGUGACCAUUUAUUUCAGUGAUAUUGUUGGAUUUACAGCAAUGUCUGCCGAGAGCUCGCCGCUCCAGGUGGUGGAUUUUCUCAAUGAUCUCUACACGUGCUUUGACUCGACGAUCGAAAAUUACGAUGUGUACAAAGUUGAGACGAUCGGCGACGCCUACAUGGUUGUCAGCGGAUUACCAAUAAGAAACGGAAUAAAUCACGCGGCAGAAAUCGCCAGCAUGUCGUUGCGUCUGCUCGACGCUAUCAAACAGUUCCGAAUUCGUCACAGGCCGAUGGACAAAUUGCAGCUCAGAAUAGGCCUGCAUUCGGGUCCGGUUUGCGCGGGUGUCGUUGGACUGAAAAUGCCUCGGUAUUGCCUUUUCGGUGAUACCGUUAACACAGCUAGCAGGAUGGAAUCGACGGGAUCGCCUCUGAAGAUUCAUUGCAGCCAAGAGACGAAGCGCCUGUUGGACGAGUUGGGUGGUUUCCAUUUGGUGGAGCGUGGAAUAGUGCCGAUGAAGGGCAAAGGUGACAGAUUGACGUAUUGGCUGAUCGGAGAGAACGUGGAAUCGAGAAAAGCCCGCUGGGAGGAGCGCAAGGCGAAGGAGAAUGGUGGGGCGGGUGAAAAAACCCACGCGGAUUUGUUGGUGCCGCGUAGUUCGUUAAAAAACAAACAUUUGACGCGAACGAGAUUUUUACGGUGCUCGAGCGACUCGCCGAAGCGUUUGCGGUUCGCGAGUUCCGACCGACUGGAUCAUAAGGACGUUAUGAAGAGCGAGCAUCUCGAAUCGAUCGAGGACAACAGUCCGUCGAAAUUGAAAGCGGUUCUAUCGCCGAGUCUCAAGUACAUCGAGAGCGCAAGAUUAUCGAGUAACUCUUGUCCGUGCGUCGAAAAAAUAUGUCAGUCGGAAUUACGAGCCGAGAACGAAUCGGAGAUGAAGAAUUUCCUUUCGAAAGACUUUUUUUCUUUGAAUCUCGUGAAAAAUUCAGCCUUCGAUUUCGAGCCACCGAACGAAACUGUCGUCAGCAAAACUCUUUGCAGAUCCGCCCCUAACAGCCCGAGCGAAAGCACCGUUUUUCUAGAUUUAAAACAACGAGCGACACAAUCGACCGAAGAAAUUGACGGCUGGGACAUCACGCCCCUCAUCGGAGCGCCUCAUCCUCUCGAUUGAUGUCGUUCAAUUUCUAAACAAAACGGUGCAGAAAAAUAUUUCGUUGCAUGUCGCUCGACGACGAAUCUUUCGACGUCAUUCCCGAACGACCGUUCCAAGGCUUAGUUCAAUUCGUAUCGAUAUUUCAAUUUUGUGAAAAAAAAUGUAUUAACGAUUCUAACCAAACUACAACGAGGCUUAGCGCAACAAAGAGGCGAAAAGUCUAGGAGCACCAAAAAGUAUAAACUUAACACUUUCCUCUAACAGCGAUGAGCAGAUUCAAUGAUUUUCUCUUUCUUCCGUUCGUAUUGAAGAAAAAUCUUCACUGAUUCGUCCAUUCCAGUUGUCGGUGUUAUUGAAUCGACACACAAUUCCGUGUUUUCAUUACAGCGGUGCAGCGACUUGAAUUAUUAUGUACUUCAUAUUUAAUUGUAAGAAUUUCGCUUAAAUUAUUUAUUCGACGCGUGCGAAAAAUAAAUAUUUUCGGAUACUGU